AUGGACCCCAACGUUCCCGGAUUCCCUUCUGCGAUGCAGCAGACCGCGGGUUUUCCUGUCACUCCCCAAAAUCCACAGCAGUUCCCCUACUAUCCGAAUGCCAUUCCCCCGUUUCCCCAAUCCAAAGCUGUCUCUCAUCCUCCACAGCAACAACACCAGCAUACUCCUUUCGGUGCCGUGCCCAUGCAAGCCGGUCCUAGUGGAGCAAUGAUGCCGUCCGGAUUCCCCCAGCAGUCAUCCGGACCCCACGCCAACUUCUCUGCACCAUUUGCCCAGCCACCUGUGCCAGCAACGUCUAUGAGCCAGUAUCUCCCUCCCCAGGCGACUGCGACAUCGACUCUUCCCGCAACUACAGCGCAAUCCUUUCCGCCCAACAUGGCUUCGGUACCGGCGACGAACAUGAUGCCUGCGCAACAGCAACAGCAACGGGCAGCGCCCCAGCAGAACCCAUUGUCGAGCUCCGCCCAACCUACUCCUCAGUCACCUGCGACGACCGCGCGCGAGAAAGCUCGUGUGUCUACGCUGUUGGACAUAAACUCGAUGUUGCUGCAGGAAGUCAUGAAUCUUCAGGCGGCUGGCAAGGCUGGUGCGCCUUCGCAAGGCGCGUCAGAGUCGAACCCGUCGCCUGGUUCAGAUCAGACCUCGGAUAAGCCCACCCAGCGGCCAAGCGCAGAAUAUCUCGAAUGUAUGCGUCGGUUACAAGCCAACUUAGGGUACCUUGCAACCAUUGCCGACCGGGCUAAGAAAUCAGGGGGUGUUCCUCCUGCCGCACCGGCGAUUAUGUCACCGCCUCCGAACAUGCCUUCAAUGAAUGAGAUCUACAACAAACUAAACGAGCUCUUCCCUCGGGCCGCGCAAGGUGGUAUAGGGACACCCCAGCAGAGUCCACAAUCAUUGCAUGGCAAUGGCCGGCCCAGCCCUUCUCCAGCCGUUGAACACGUUGUUUGA